GCUCCAAGGGGUCACCAUCUCCCCACCGCCAGUCUCCGAGAAGAUGGAUGAAAGUCAAAACCAAACUAGCGAGAGGGAGAACCAGCACGGUCCAAUCGAAACCCGAAUAAAUUGCGAGCUCCUGAGAAAGCUUCAG